UUGAUCGAGCGCCGGCCAAUAUCCAUACUCUCUCUAUAUAUAAUAUAUAAUAUACAAACAUAAACCCCACUCUAUUUUUAUUCCACUUUCUAUACUCCUUUUUGUCUAUUUACUUCACUAUAUUUGGGCAAACUUUCAAAUAAUAUAUAUGGCGAAAACCUCAAAAUUGAGUAAACAAAACACUUGUUUAAGCAACAAGGAUACUGAUAAUAGCAUUUCUAAAGUGAAGACGAAGCGAAAACCCAGAGACUCGCCGCCUCAACGACGUAGUUCAAUAUACAGAGGUGUCACCAGGCACAGAUGGACGGGUCGAUAUGAAGCUCAUUUAUGGGAUAAAAAUUGUUGGAACGAAUCGCAGACUAAAAAAGGAAGACAAGUAUACUUGGGGGCCUACAAUGAGGAAGAAGCAGCUGCACAUGCAUAUGACUUGGCAGCAUUAAAGUAUUGGGGUCAACACACAAUCCUUAAUUUCUCUGUGUCUACUUAUGAAAAAGAGAUAAAAGAAAUGGAAACUCAAUCAAGAGAAGAAUAUAUUGGUUCUUUGAGAAGGAGAAGUAGUGGAUUUUCAAGAGGAGUCUCGAGAUAUAGAGGAGUAGCAAGACACCAUCACAAUGGACGAUGGGAGGCUCGCAUUGGCAGGGUGUUUGGAAAUAAGUAUCUCUACCUUGGAACAUAUGGUACUUACGCUAGUGAAGAGGAAGCAGCAAUUGCAUAUGAUAUGGCAGCUAUACAGUACCGUGGACCAAACGCUGUUACAAAUUUUGACAUCAGCCGUUACAACAAUUCUUUAGGUGCAAACCCUAAUGACAUGAAUAUUCCCAUGCCUAACACAAACAAAGAAGAAAAGACAUCGUCGUCCGUCGUAGACUGCCCGGAGACACCACCGGAGGUGGAGAAAUGUAGGAGGAUUACUACAUUCCCAGAUGACAUACAAACGUACUUUGACUGCCAAGAUUCCAGUAGUAGCUUUGUGGAGGAUAGUCAUAUUAUUUUUGGAGAUUUAGAGUCAUUUGUGUUGCCUAUGAUGUUUGAAUCAUGUCAUCAACUUGAGGAAUUUUUAUCUUUUUCUCCCUACUCAGAAUUUGAACUCGAGACCUCUGAUUAAAGUUGGAGCAACCUCACCUCACCAUUGCACCACAAUUGGUUACGUGAAGGGUAUAUCAAUUGUUUCUUAGUUUUGAUAUUUUGAAGAAUUAAUUAUUGAGUACUUUAUUUCAAGAGAGGUGAGAAAUUAAGGGUAUAGAGUAGUAUUAUUUAUGUUUCUUAGUAAUUAUGUGGUUGUUUAAACUUUAAUGUUUAGAUGAAUGAGGCUCGUAGAGUUUAUGAGUUGACCAA